AUAAUUUCCUGAGUCAUUGCUCGUCUGGUUCAAAUCUGAAACGAAACAUAUCCUGAGUGUCUCCACUAAGAUACUAUACAUUUAGUUUGACACUCACUGGGUUUAUAUAAAAUGGAGGGUACUGUAUCAAAUGUGGAGGUUUGUAACUUUGCUUACACGGGGAAGUUUGAGGAAUUAAAACAGAGCAUCCUGUCAGAUAAAACGCUUGCGUGCAAAACGGACCAGGACCGUAGAACCGCCCUUCAUUGGGCCUGUUCUGCUGGACACACCAACAUUGUGGAGUUUCUGCUGGACCUGGGAGUUGAAGUGAAUCUGCAAGACGAUGCUUCAUGGACCCCUCUUCACAUUGCAGCAUCUGCAGGCAGAGAAGAAAUUGUGAGAUCUCUAAUAUCCAAAGGCGCUCAGCUGAAUUCAGUGAAUCAAAAUGGAUGCACCCCUCUGCACUACGCAGCCUCCAAAGACCGAUAUGAGAUUGCUCUGAUGUUGUUGGAAAACGGAGCAGACCCCAAUGUCACCGACAAGUAUGAGUCCACUCCCCUGCACAGAGCAUCUGCCAAGGGAAACUACCGCCUCAUCAAGCUGCUUCUUGAACAGAGUGCCUCAACCAACAUCCAGGACUCACAGGGCAACACACCACUCCAUCUGGCGUGCGAUGAGGAGCGUGUGGAAGCAGCCAAAAUGCUGGUGGAACAUGGGGCUAGCAUCUACAUUGAGAACAAGGAAGAGAAGACGCCCCUUCAGUUAGCCAAGGGGGGUCUGGGCAAAUUACUUCGUCAGAUUGUGGAGGGAUGAUGCAUUUACUGUGUUCCUGCUCGAAGUCCCACCAUCGCAAAGUUACACAAAAAUGAGAAUUCUCAUCCCAGUCGAUCCUCCUUGAGCGGCCCAGUGUGACACAUUGAGAUGUGCAACAGGUGGAAGAUAAGACGGUGCCAGAGAGGGAGAAAGGAGAGGGAAGUUGGACUAUUGCAUCUUGCUUCUUAGACGGGGCAGUGAAACUGCUCCGGCUUUAUAUGUCUGAUUUAAAAACUAAACAGUCUAUGCCCACUGCAGCGUAUUUUCUAUGAAGUCUGAGUUGUUGCAUAGGUGACUAAAUAAAAUUUGUGUUCAGCUUGUCAAUAAA